AUGGCUCGCUACAACGGAAACCGACGAUCUGUCCCAACACCCACGAAAGAGCUCAUUGUCUAUAUGCUGGCCUUCCUGCGUCCAAAAAAAGUUGCCCGCUAUCUUGGGCUGAGCACAAGAACUGUCUUUCGUGUAUACGCAUUGUGGGCAUCUACAGGCAGUGUUAUGCGCGAGCGGCUACAGGACGGACGGCCGCGGAAACUCAAUGGACUCGACGCAGCCUAUCUGGAGAGCUGCGUAGCGCGCACACCAGAUAUCUAUCUUGACGAGCUACAGGACAUGUUGUUUGAGGGUCGCCAGGUACUUGUAUCAAUAGCAACUAUUGAGCGGACCCUGUGCCGUAGAGGCUGGACACGGAAGACGGUCAGUUAG